AUGGAUGACGCAGCUACUGCUUGUGAAGAUCUGAAGUUUUUUGAAAGACGAUUAACAGAGGUGAUAUCACAUAUGGGUCCACGAUGUACUCGUUGGAGAAUUGUUUUAUUGUUGAUAUCCUUAUCGGCUGUGUUGACAUCGUACAACUGGAUUGCGGAUCCUACCUUACGUUCGGUGUCGCUAUGGGAGUCUCUUCAAAGUCAUCCUGUGUUUAGCGUGAGCGUGCCGCUGUUGUUCAUUCUUUUCACUGCAUGCGGUAUUCAUAAAAGGGUGGUCGAACCGUCGAUGUAA